CUUCUUUGCUUUGCUUUUCUCUGCUUCUGCUUCUUGCUGUAGCUUCGUGUGAUUCUUUUUCCCCCGUUCCCUCGUAGUUAUCACCUCCACUGUCACUCGUAGGUAUGCACGAGCACAUGAUCUCACAUGAAAAGAAAAGAAGGAAGGAAGGUAAAUCAAUUCAUCAUCAAUCAAUUCGCUCGCUCGCUCAUUCAUAUGUAUACCCAUCCAUCCAUUCAUCCAUGCCAACCUGCCAACCUGCCAACCUGCCUAUCUCAAAUCAAAAUCAGAAUCAAAACACAAACACAAACACAAACACAAACCAACCCAACCAAAUCGCACUCCACCACACCACACUCCACCACACCACACUCCAUCCAUCCACCACAGCACACCUACCUACCAACAACAACAGCCACCAAACUCCAACCCCCAUAUCAUAGCAUAUCAUAGCAUUGUUAUGUAGUGUAUUGUACUGUAUUUGUAUUUGUAUGAAUUCUUUUCAUUUUAUGUUUUUUUCACUUGACUUCGUCUGCGUCUUCGUCUUCGUCUAUGCUGUUUCAUCCAGUCCAUUCAGAAGAGGGAAAG